AUGGUAGGUCAGGCUCGCCAUCAGGCUGCGCAUGUGUUCGCAAAAAGUCCGGUCAGGGCUGGAAAGGGGGCCAACUCCGGUAUGAUGAGAGAUCUAAAGGAUGAUGCUGAGCCGGUAGCGAAGUCUGAGGUCUCCAUCAAGCAUCCAGCGGCCUGCUCCCGAGCAAACAUUUCGUUUGUCAUUCAGCUCGACAUCCUCCAACAGCAUCUGUCAACGACAGGUCAUGCCCUGGAGCGACUCCCACGUCCGGGCUCAGACAGGCAGUCGCAAUGCGUUGUCAUCUCCAACGAUAGAUCAGCAUGGCAAAACGAUGUGCGACAGCGGGCUUCCGGAUGUUCUUGGCCGUGGUGGUCCAUCAGUGAUGGCGUGUGA